AUCUCAGCGCGGCGCUGCUGCUGGUUGUCGGACUGUGAGUUCAGUAACGCUAACGGUUGACCUUGUUGUCGAGUGCAUAACACGAACAGCAGCACACCGACCAGGAGAAAGUAUGACAACCCCAGGUUUACCUGCCAUGCCAGUGUCUUCUACACCCGCUGUGCCCAGCGCGGGUUUCAGGUUCACGAAAGAGCAUUUGGUGGUCGCGGUGCCGGUUGCCGUGGUUGCAGCUGUCGGGGGCUUUCUAGUCAGCCAUUACCUGUCAUCUGGACGGAGCUGUAAAAAGGGACAGGUGAACACGACUGUGAGCAAAGACAGUCCCAAAGUGGUCCACAGCUUUGACAUGGAGGACAUCGGCACCAAGGCCGUGUACUGCCGCUGCUGGAAGUCAAAGAAGUUCCCGUACUGUGACGGAGCCCACGCCAAACACAACGAAGCGACCGGGGACAACGUGGGGCCCCUCAUCAUCAAGAAGAAGGAUGCUUAAACCCACUAAUCUCAGACCUCUCUCUACGCCUCAUACCCCCCCUCCCAGUUUUUCCACUGUGCUGUCCUCUCCACUGGUAUACUCAGAGCCCACAAUAGAGACUCUUAAUGCUGCAAAUAGUCUACAUUUUGAUCUCAGUUUUUCAACCCCAUUUCUGCAUCAGAUGACAUGACAUGAGAAUCGCAGGUCGUUAGAGGAGCGACAUCAGCAGUGUCAAACAGGGAGGUGCUCUGUUUGACACUGUCACGUUUUGAAGUAUUAACAAAGUAUUUUGGGCAAAAUUGUUUCCACCCCCGACACCAGUAGAGUAUUUCAGUGGGUGGACAUUGUAUCCUCACGCCUGGUGUCUCCCUUUCUUCCCCACUCCUCCAGGUGUGGAGCAGGUGGUUGAGACAUAAUGACCUGGCAGCUCUUUGCCUCAGUCAGCCCAGGGUUUCAUUGAAAUUCAGCACAGGACUUAUAUUCAAAUCAGCAGCCCCGUGACUAAACACACACACACACACACAAAUAAAUGUUCCAUGUUUUGAUUUCUGCUCAUAUUAGAGGAAGCUUGUCAGUUACUGUUUCCUCUGCACUGAUCAGAGGAAGCAGAAGUUUAGUUCUGUCUUAAAUGAAAUAAUCACGUCUUGUCUUGAGAGGUGUUAAAACACCUAUCGGCUACUGGUGACCAGGUAACAUUGUAUUCAAUCAUCUGUGUAUCAAAGGAUAUAUUUUGCUUUUUCAUUAGAUUAAUUUUCUACUGGCUGCAGUGUGUCUGACUUGAUUAUUUGUGGUUUAUGUAUAUUGUGAAUAAAACUUGUUGAUUGCUCA